AUGUCUGGGGACCGUUUCAAUUUUGACGAAACUGGGGACACAUUUUAUUGCUUUCUCAUUGCAGUAUUUACUGUCAUCCUAUUACCAAUAACAUAUUUCUUUUGGCCGAAAUCAGAAGUUAAGCAAUCUCCUGAUGCCAUUAAAAGGCGCUGUCAAUGCUCACCAUGUCAGACUAAACGUGCGAAUUUGCGGUCAUCUCCAACAAAGAGGUGGAUGAAAAGAGGCUUGAUAAAAUUGACAAUCAUUAUUGCCUGGGCUAUGCUUAUUGCAUUGGGGUUCAGAUUAUCCAAGAUUGAAGUUACGAUGAAUGCAUUUGAUCCCUACUAUGAGCUUUCAAUCAAUCCAGAUGCCUCGAAGGCAGAAAUAAAGAAGGCCUAUAAGAAGCUUUCCCUUAUUCACCAUCCUGACAGAGGUGGUGAUGAGCAUAAAUUUAUUAGGAUUCAUAAGGCCUAUAUCACGUUAACUGAUGAAGUCGCGCACAAAAACUGGCAAGAGUAUGGAAACUCAGAUGGUCCAGGAGCAAUCAAUUUUGGAAUGGCGCUUCCCAAGUGGAUGAUUAAGAAGGAGAAUACAGUGCUAGUCGUUGGUGUGUACGCGGUGAUAUUUAUGCUCAUGCUUCCCUUGGUUGUGGGUCUGUGGUGGUCCAACUACAUGAAGUAUAGCAACACUCGUGUUCUUCUAGUCACUGUUCGUUUGUUUUGUGGCAGUUUCAUGUACAAUCCCUUCAUGGCUGUGCCUCGUUUAAUAAAGCUCCUCUCGUCUGCCUACGAAUUCAAUAGUCAGUUUAACAAGGACAUCGCUUGUAGACCCAGUGACAAUGUUGAGCUCCCACCGCUGGUCAGCCAAAUUCCAAUGUUCACCAUUUUCAAGAGGGCUAUUGUCGGAGCUCCCUACGCGAUCAAGGCGCGCGCCCUUAUUUACGCGCACAUGCUUCGACUUGAGUUACCUCCGAAAUCUCUCUUUAUUGACAAGCAAUACAUCAUCGCGCAGUGUCCUCGUCUUCUCGAGGAGAUGAUCAACAGUCUGCUCAUCGUCUUGUCCAUGGCCACUGAGGAUCGUGAGUCCCUUUGCCUAUGCUUAGUUAGCUGGUCACGUAAUCUUACUAUAUGA